UUUGUCCCGUUGCAGCGUUUGCAGUUUUUGACAGUUCUGACAGCACGAAAGCCUCACCUCAAAACGUCAGUCAGCAGCGAGCCUUUUCUAUACUUCCGUCUCUCGCAAGCAAAACAGAGAAAUUUUUAGGAAGCAAAAUGCCACCACGUAAGAACAAAACCGUCAAGGAAGAGGUUCAGGUCUCACUGGGCCCGCAGGUUCGUGAAGGUGAAGUGGUGUUCGGUGUAGCUCACAUCUAUGCCAGCUUCAACGAUACUUUCGUUCACGUUACCGAUCUGUCCGGAAAGGAAACCAUCUCCCGUGUUACCGGUGGUAUGAAGGUGAAAGCUGAUCGUGACGAGGCUUCACCGUACGCCGCUAUGUUGGCUGCUCAGGAUGUUGCCGAAAAGUGCAAAUCUCUGGGCAUCACCGCUCUGCACAUCAAGCUGCGUGCCACCGGUGGCAACCGUACCAAAACUCCCGGACCCGGUGCUCAGUCGGCUCUGCGUGCGCUUGCCCGUUCAUCCAUGAAGAUUGGCCGCAUCGAGGACGUUACGCCGAUCCCGUCGGAUUCCACCCGCCGGAAGGGAGGUCGCCGUGGUCGUCGUUUGUAAGCCGUUUUUUUUUCGUUUGUUUUGUUCGCUAGUAAUUGACGCAGCGGAAAUUCCAUUUGUGAAGUGUUUUCACAAUAAAUGCUACUAAAUCAUUUGAGAAUAAAAACAUUACAGUGGAACAGCGUUAA